AGGAGUGAAUCAUCUCACUGCGCACACGCGCACGCACACACGUCAGAAGCGCCAGCUUCUUCCAGAAGUUUCUUCCUCGCUGUUGGCUGGCUGCUUCGGCAGCCCCGGCAGUCGAGACAUCGAUGACUCGGGACACACGCAGGUCUGACGUCUCCUCGUUCCAUCUGGGUGACACUUGAUUCUUCGUCUUUGCCGCGAAGCGCAAAUUCGUCUACGUACCGAAGUGAGCCGGGCCAGGCUAACCCUUUACCUGUCGCUAGCUAGAAAGCUAGCGAGAAGUGAGUGGUGGCGGCGGCUCCACCUGGGAUAUUUUUUUUCUGGACAACUAGGUGAAGAAGUGACCGCUGGUUGCGAUGGGUAAAGACUACUACAAGGUGCUGGGAAUAGCCAAGGGUGCGUCAGAAGACGAAAUCAAGAAGGCGUACAGAAAGCAGGCCCUCCGCUAUCACCCCGACAAGAACAAGUCUGCCGGCGCUGAGGACAAAUUUAAAGAGAUAGCAGAAGCCUACGACGUCCUCAGCGACGCCAAGAAGAAAGAUAUUUAUGACCGAUAUGGUGAAGAAGGGCUGAAGGGCCCAGCCGGAAGUGGCGGCGGAGGCCACAGCGGCUCCACCUACAACUACACCUUCCAUGGCGACCCCCAUGCCAUGUUCGCCGAGUUUUUUGGCGGCCGCAACCCUUUUGACCACUACUUUUCGCAUAACGGCUGUGAAGACAUGGUGGACACCGCCGACCCCUUUGCCGCCUUCGGGAUGGGUGGGAUGGGUGGCUUCCAGCGGCCCUUCAAGUCCCACUUGGGCGGCCCUCGCGUCCCCCGUGAGAAGCAGAAGGAUCCACCGGUGGUGCACGAGCUAAAGGUGAGCCUGGAGGAGGUCUUCGCCGGCUGCACCAAGAAAAUGAAGAUCUGCCGCAAGAGACUGAACCCUGACGGGCGUACCAUACGCAGCGAGGACAAGAUUCUGUCGGUGGACAUCAAGCGGGGCUGGAAAGAGGGAACCAAGAUCACUUUCCCCCGCGAGGGUGACGAGACCCCCACUAACAUUCCCGCCGACGUGGUGUUUGUUGUUAAAGACAAGCCUCACCCCGUGUUCAGGAGGGAGGGCUCUGACAUUAUUUACCCUGCCAAGAUAUCACUCAGAGAUGCGUUGUGUGGGUGCACAGUCAGCGCGCCGACUCUGGACGGCCGCACCAUCACGGUGACAUCACGAGACGUGGUGAAGCCGGGCACCAAGAAGCGCAUCGUUGGCGAGGGAUUGCCGCUGUCCAAGUGGCCCGACAAGCGAGGCGACAUGAUCCUGGACUUCUGCGUCAAGUUCCCUGAGAAGCUGGGGCAAAACACACGCGACACGCUCAGGCAGGUCCUCCCGCCGUGAUGGUCGCAUGGAAGACUCCAAACUGUUCUUCAGGGUGCUGUUUACUUUUCAAACGUACCUGCUCUGUACAUGACUCAGGGCUGCUUUGCGUUGACUUCAGUUUGCUUGGUGAAGACAAACAAAACUUCAAAAAUGUCGUAAGACCAGAGAAGUGAUUUUAGUAUUUAUCCUCAUUCAAGGACAUUUUUUAAAUUAUUUUUUUAAUUAUGAAAAGGCACUGCCUCAGUUUGGAGCUUUUUCUCUCUUACGUCUUCUAGUAGAACAGACGAACACUUAAAAGUUGGCAAAGUGAAAAUCAGUAACGAAGGAAUGGACGAUUCAGGUUGCCCUGACAACAGUAAGACAGGAUGAAGUCGGAAUAUUCCAGGACAAAUGGCGUAAUUUUGCUAAGCAAAACAAAAUCUAUAGGAAAAUGCAUUCUUAAUUUGAUGUCAAAAUAUUACGAGUAAAGUCUUUUUUUUUUUUUUUUUUAAGUCAGCCAGUGUGCAUGAGUGUAAAAGCACAACAUUACAUUUUAUGAUGUUAAGUGAAAUUUCAUUGUCAAUUUAUUCACACAUCCAAAUGACAUUAAUUCUCGUAAUAUUAUGACAUUUUCUCUCCAAAGAACUCACUUUAAAUUCUUUAUAUAUUUAUGUGGCGUUUUCCUUGUAAUUUCUUUUCAGUGCCGCCCUUGUAGACUUCAUUUCAGAAAGCACCUUAACUGUAUUUUUCAAAAAGGUCCGCCCCCUUCCACCAUCUGCACCACAUUUACUUCCGCUGCCUGAGGUGCUAGCUCCACGUAAAUGAACCGUACCGCUGACGUAGCACUGUGAGCUCCGUUUCAUCAUUGCUGACCUCAUGCAAACUGUUUACGAAGUCGGUUACCUCAGUCGUGCCACUCCUGGUGCGUUAGUCCCGCAAUUAACAAUGCCAGUGAAGUAGCGCGCUAGUACACUUUUUGUAUGAAUUUGGGGAAAACAUUUUAGUUGAUGUGCCAAAUGAUUGUCAUGUAGUGUUGUGUGAACGUUGAAAGCAACUUUAAAAUACUUCUCGAGUUUUGAGUUUUUGCACGUCGCAUUUAAAGAAAAAGGCGGCAGGUUUUCCCUCAGUCACACAAAUAUUACACGCGUUGAGAUGCGUAAUAUCUGUUUAGCUUGAAUCCUUUUAAUGGCAUCAUUGCCUUUGUUUUGUUUACAUCAUAUGAAGUGGAUAUAGUUUACACACCCUUGUUUAAAUUAGGGCCCUGUAACAAAAUAACAAAAAAAUACAAGCAGAACAUUUCUGUUUUACAAUACUUUGUCCUUUCUAACUUCAUGUAUUUACAAAAAGGCUUCUAUAGGUUAAACAAGCAGAUUUUCUUAUGGAAUUCAAGUGGUUUGAUUUAAACUUAACGACUGUGUGGAUUUGCAUUGUCGCCAUCGACAUGACCAUGCAACAACUGGUUAAAUUGUGAUGCAUUUUCUUAAUUUUGCACUAUAAACUUAAGGAGUUUUACAUGGAUUUUAUUGUAUUCACACUGACUAUAUGCCUCUGCGAUAUGUGAAUUGAUACUUCAUUGACCAGAUGACUGCAAAAAUGCAAAUAAAACAUGUUAUGACGUAAUGUUA